AUGGCCACGCUAAUCCCACCGCCUUCUAAGAAGCAGAAACGUGAAGCCCAGAAGCCACGUGAGGUUGAGAUCAUCCCAGAAGAUUUGCCAAAUGUGUUGAUUAAGUUCCAGGCAUCCGACACUGGAGCCUCUGUCGGGGGAUCUCUUCACGUUCCAGGUAACAUCUCGGAGAAGCAGCUGGAAGAGCUUCUCAAUCAGCUCUUGAACGAACAAGACGAGCCUGUUCCAUACACUUUCAGCGUUCAGGAUGACAAGGGCAACCUUGUUGAUAUCAAGGAUAACAUAUAUUCGUCCAUCUUGAAGCCUGGCAUCAAGACGACAGAGGACUUCAUGACGCUUGUGUAUACUCCAAGGGCCAUCUUCAAGGUGAAGCCUGUGACCAGAUCGUCAGCUGCUAUUGCUGGACACGGCUCCACGAUCCUGUGUACACAGUUUGCUCCACAUACCUCGUCAAAGAUGGUCACUGGUGCCGGUGAUUCCACUGCAAGAAUCUGGGAUUGUAACACACAGACACCAAAGCACGUUUUGAAAGGACAUACCAACUGGGUUCUCUGUGUUAAUUGGUGUCCAAAUGGUGAGAUGAUCGCUACGGGGUCCAUGGACAAUACUAUCAGACUCUGGAGUGAAAACGGAGAGGCCCUUGGUGGCCCGUUGAAGGGCCACACGAAGUGGAUCAGUUCGCUGGCAUGGGAACCAAUUCAUCUAGUUAAGCCUGGUCAGAGCCCAAGAUUGGUCUCUGCUUCCAAAGACGGUACGUUAAAGAUCUGGGAUACUGCUAGAAGAGUGCCCCUGCUGACGCUAUCAGGCCACACCUCCUCGGUGUCCUGUGUAAAAUGGGGUGGUGAGAACUUGAUCUACUCUGCAUCGCAUGAUAAGACCAUAAGAGUCUGGGAUGGCUCUACUGGAGCAUGCAAGAACGUAUUGAAGUCGCAUGCACACUGGGUUAACCAUUUGUCUAUCUCCACUGACUAUGCGUUGAGAAUGGGUCCAUUCGACCACACUGGACAAAAGCCAUUGGACGCUGAAGAUGCCCAGCGUAAGGCCCUUAAGAACUACGAAAAGGUUGCCAAAAUCAACGGCCGGAACGAAGAAAGACUCGUCACUGCGUCUGACGACUUCACCAUGUACCUCUGGGACCCCAUGAACUCCAACAAGCCUGUCUGUCGUAUGACAGGACACCAGAAACUCGUGAACCACGUCCAAUUCUCGCCUGAUGGCCGUUAUAUAGUGUCUGCUUCGUUCGACAACUCCAUAAAGCUGUGGGACGGUCGUACCGGCCAAUUCAUCGCCACCUUCAGAGGUCACGUGGCAGCUGUCUAUCAGACUGCUUGGUCUUCUGACUGUCGUUUGCUUGUGAGCUGCUCGAAAGAUACAACCCUCAAAGUAUGGGACGUUAGAACGAGGAAGUUAAGCAUCGAUCUUCCAGGCCAUAAAGACGAGGUGUACUCUGUCGACUGGAGCGUUGACGGCAAUAGAGUUGCCAGUGGUGGUAAGGAUAAGCAAGUUAGACUAUGGACUCAUUAG